AUGUUAAUUCGAAUCCUUCAACUCUAUGUCUUGAUCAAAACGAUUUCCAUCGAAUGUCUCAUUUCGAGUCUGAAAUUUUUCAUUCCAAUCGGCUGGUACCCAAGAAAAAGGAUACAGGGUCAGACGAUCCUUCUAACUGGUGCUGCUAACGGAAUCGGUCGAAGAUUGGCUCAAAAAUUAGCUAAAUGCCAAACGAAUUUGAUUUUAUGGGAUGUGGAUACGAAAAAUUUGGAGAGAACUCGAUUGCUGUGUCAAGGUGAAGGAGCACAGAUAGCAGCUUAUGAUGUAGACAUAACAAAUCAGAAAGAAGUCAAUCGAGCUCUCGAGGAAAUCAUUUCAGAGUUUGGACCGAUUGACAUACUCAUCAAUAAUGCUGGAAAAUGCUCAUUCACAAAGUUUGUUGACAUGACAAGAGAUCGAUUGCAGACACAGAUUUUGCUGAAUUUUGUAGCACCAAUGAUGUUGAUCAAAGCCAUUCUUCCAUCAAUGAUGGAGAGAAAUCAUGGCCAUAUCGUAGCUACUUGCUCGAGUCGGGCCCUUGUUGGGAAAGGAAUUAUUGCUGACUACUCAGCGGAAAAGCAAGCUUUAUUGGGUUUAAUGGAAUCACUCGAGGAUGAGAUGUGUCUUUUGGGAAAAAGAGGAAUCAAAUUCACUACUGUUUGUCCGAUGUUGACGAAAACGAAUAUGACAAAGCCAUUGGGUGAUCGUUUCCCUUUACUAGCUCCAGAAGUUGUCGCAGAAUAUUAUUUGGACGCGAUUUUAUGUGAAAAACGUUUAGCCGUUAUUCCACGAAGGAGUAUUCUUUCUUAUUGGCUUAAAUGUUUUCUACCAGCUCCAGUUUAUCAAUUGUUCACA